AUGCACGUGUCGACACUGAUAUUCGACAAAGAAGGUCGAUUUAAAUUCCAAUUUGGUGAAUGUGGGAAACGGGACGGCCAACUUCUUUACCCGAAUAGAGUGGCCGUAGUACGUACAUCUGGAGAUAUCAUUGUGACAGAAAGAUCACCGACGCAUCAAAUUCAAAUAUACAAUCAAUACGGUCAAUUUGUGCGUAAAUUCGGUGCGAAUAUCCUCCAACAUCCCCGAGGUGUGACAGUCGACAACAAAGGACGCAUCGUUGUCGUCGAGUGCAAAGUGAUGCGCGUCAUUAUAUUCGAUCAAGUCGGCAACGUUCUUCAGAAAUUCGGAUGCUCUAAACACCUCGAAUUCCCCAACGGAGUGGUGGUGAAUGAUAAACAGGAAAUCUUCAUCAGCGACAACCGCGCGCAUUGCGUUAAAGUUUUCAAUUAUGAAGGUAUCUACUUGAGACAGAUCGGAGGCGAGGGAGUAACCAAUUACCCGAUCGGAGUGGGCAUUAAUGCGUCAGGAGAGAUUUUAAUAGCCGACAACCAUAACAAUUUCAACUUGACAAUAUUCACUCAGGAAGGACAACUAGUUUCGGCGUUAGAGAGUAAAGUAAAACACGCCCAAUGUUUCGACGUGGCGCUCAUGGACGACGGUUCGGUUGUGCUCGCCAGCAAGGACUAUCGUCUCUACAUAUAUCGCUACGUUCAAGUACCGCCCAUAGGCAUGUGAACUGCCCGUCCUUACAGGAGAUACGAAUCAUACAAAAACUAAGCCAAAAAAGCUACUAUCGAAAUCGUAAUGUUCACAUAACUGAUGUUAAUAACGGUUCUGGCCAUGUGUGUCAAUUUUUGAUAAGUCGAAGUGGCGUUCCUGCGUGUUUUCUAAUGGAACAUGUCUUUUGUAAGUGUGUUGCAGCUGUCUCGAUGUGAUCAAACAAAAUGAUGGGAGUCCUUUACCUAUGUACACUUGGCAUGAGAUCUCUGUAUGCGUUAUUUCCAAACCAAACUGUACUGAGAUUAGUUGUAGUAUUUGACGUUGUUAUUCGAGUACCCAUUUCGAUGAAAGAGAUUAUUAAGUCGGAUGUCGACACGCCAACUGUUCUUAACCCUUAUCAUUUUUUUGAUCAAUUGAAUAAUAUUUUUUCAUAUCCCAUGUCGUUAAAUUAGGGACGAAUAUUAAGGGCAUUUGUAUUAUUUAGCCCAUUUGUUGGACCAAUAUUUUAACUAUUAAUACUUAAAAAUUGUUAGGCGUUAAGCGUGUGAUUUUAUCGUAAUAAGAGAGCAUCGAGCGGUAUUGUUGUUAGUCGUAAGGUUCUUCGGCACAAUGGCACUUCCUGUUUUUAAUUAGCACUUAUUCUGUGUCGAUGAAAAUAUGAUUAUGAAACUAAAUAAGAAGUUGUUACAUUAUUAUUAGGUAAGUGUUAAAUUGAUUGAGCUGAUAUGGACAAUGUUUAGUUACUGCCCCCUUUAAAUGUAGUUACAAAAAGUCUAGGGAAAUGUGAUGUUAAGGGUUUUAUCAAUGACAAAGUUGACUGCGGCGUUUCUCAAUUACAAGCGUCAGUAGCUCUUGUAUCUACUAAAAGACCUACUGAUGCUGUUAAAAUAAAUUUGAAUUUAGCAUCACCAGGUGGCGCGAGAGAUC